AUGGAGACCAUCAGCGACACGUUGGAACAUUUGUUGGUUGCAGCUCAUCAUCACAACUGUUUGACUGCAGGAGUUUAUGAGUCUGCCAAAUUUCUGAAUGAAAACCCGGAUGGUGCGGUGCUGUGCGUCCUCGCCGCUGAUGAGGACGAUGAAGAUGACAGUGCGCUGCAGAUUCACUUCACGCUGCUGCAGUCUUUCUGCUACGACAAUUACCUCGACAUCCUGCGAGUGUCGGGAAUGAGGCGGCUGACUCAGCUACUGGAGGACACCAACAACACCAAUGGAAACCAACCCCGGGACCUGCAUUGCAUCCUGGUCACUAACCCUCCGGAGCAGCUUCUGCACUGUCAGGCCCUGCAGCACGUCGCCAAAUUCUGCGAGGAGAGUCGCAGCAGGUAUGAGUGGGUGCCCCGCCUUGAGCUGCAGGACCGUUGA